AUGGUAACUGUUUCACGGCUGAAUCGUUGUACCUGUAAGAAGCAGAAAAUGACGCCAGAACAGAGUACAACGACUUCCCUCAUCGACAGAACCAUCCAGAUGAGGAAGGAGACUGAAGCCCGGAAGGUGGUCUUGGCCUGGGGAGUACUGAAUGUAUCUGUUGCGGGCAUGAUAUAUAUGGAAAUGACUGGAAAACUCAUAAGCUCGUAUUACAACAUCACGUGCUGGCCACUCUGGUAUAUUGAACUAGCACUUGCAUCUCUGUUCAGCCUGAAUGCCUUGUUUGAUUUCUGGAGGUACUUCAAAUACACAGUGGCACCAACGAGCUUGGUCAUGACUCCUGCCCAGCAGACCCUGCUGGGGCUGCGGGAUGCAGCGGUACAAACAACUCCACCACGUGAGCUGGCAGCAAAGAACGUCGCAUGUUCGAUGCCUUCUCUGAUCCAGGGUCAAAGUGUGCUGAGUUACAGCCCGUCCCGCUCCCCUGGUGCCAGUCCAAAGUUCAUGACUACCGGUUGUAUCACGGGGUACAGCCCUCAGCUACAGGCUCCGUCCAGCCACAGCGCUUUUUCGGGCAGCGCAGUGACACAUUCACCGUGCAGCACCUACAAUAAGGUUCCCAGCUUCAGCCCCCCUCCUGGUGGAUCACCAUACCCCACGAGUAUUGGACCCAUGGAAACUGGCGGGCUACGGUCUCGUUACUGCUCUUCACCCGUUAUGUAUAAUUCUCCUACCGGGAAAGACGACUAUAUGACAGACCUCCAGCUGCUGGACAUCCUCCUUCGAAACAAAGAGGAGAAGCAGGACAGAGUUCAACUCGGAAGUUCAGAUUCCAGCUCUCCUUCCAGCAGCCCAACUUUUUGGAACUACAGCCGUCCCAUGGCAGACUACACACAGCUGCUGAGAAAGUUCCAGUAUCAGCUGGCUUGCAGGUCUCAGGCUCCGUUGGCACACAAGGACGAAGCUGAUCUGAGCUCAAGACAGGCUGCAGAAGAGAUUUGGGCACGGGUGACAAUGAACCGCCAGCUCCUUCAUCACAUGGAUUCCUGGACUGCUAAGUUCAGAAACUGGAUUAGUGACACGAUUCUAGUGCCUCUUGUCCAAGAGAUCGAGUCUGUGAGCACUCAGCUGAGGAGAAUGGGAUGUCCAGAACUGCAGAUCGGAGAAGCCAGCAUCAGCAGCCUGAAGCAGGCAGCGCUCGUUAAAGCUCCGCUCAUUCCAACCCUCAACACUAUCGUGCAGUAUUUGGAUCUUACACCAAGCCAGGAGUAUUUGGUCGAAAGGAUCAGAGAGCUUUCCCAGGGAGGAUGCAUGAGUUCCUUCCAGUGGAACGGAGGAGGGGAUUUCAAAGGCCGCAAGUGGGACACCGACUUGCCCACUGACUCCUCUAUCAUUAUGCACGUCUUCUGCACUUACCUCGACUCCAGGCUCCCACCUCACCCCAAAUAUCCCGACGGCAAAACCUUCACUUCCCAACACUUCUUUCAGACACCAGAUAAACCAGACAUUUCAAAUGAAAACGUUUUCUGCAUCUACCAAAGCAGCAUCAAUCCGCCCCACUACGAGCUGAUCUACCAGCGCUAUGUCGACAGCCUCCCCAAGGGCAGAAACAACAUGUUCCACACCUUGCUUAUGUUUCUCUACAUCAUAAAGACAAGAGAAUCUGGGAUGCUCGGGCGUGUAAAUCUCGGUUUAUCGGGCGUCAACGUUCUGUGGAUUUUUGGAGAUUAA